GCCAUUUAAAAAAUGAGCUCCCCUAAACUUAUAAGCAGACAAGCAUACCAUUAUUUUUCUUUCCUUUCAGCAAAAAAAAAAUAAAAAUCACCAUAGAUAUUCAUUUCCACAAACAUGGUUCUAGCCGGCGUUUAUGGUGGAGGUCCAAACAUGGGUGGAUUUGCAGUACAAGUGAUCACCGGCCGGUGGUUCAUGGUGUUUGCCGCCAUUCUCAUCAUGGCAGCCGCCGGUGCUACUUACAUGUUUGGGCUCUACUCUGCUGACAUAAAAGAGUCCCUCGGGUAUGACCAAUCCACCCUCAAUUUGCUUAGUUUCUUCAAAGAUUUGGGGUCAACAGUUGGCAUCCUUUCCGGCCUAAUCAAUGAAGUCACACCUCCCUGGGUUGUGCUCUCAAUUGGCGCAGUUCUCAACUUCUUUGGCUACUUCAUGAUUUGGUUAGCCGUGACUGAGAAGAUCUCCAAACCAAAAGUAUGGCAAAUGUGUUUGUACAUUUACAUCGGCGCAAAUUCUCAGUCGUUUGCCAACACCGGAGCCCUUGUCACCGCCGUGAAGAACUUCCCGGAAAGCAGGGGAGUUGUGCUUGGCCUUUUAAAAGGCUUUGUUGGUCUCAGUGGAGCCAUCAUCACUCAGCUUUACCACGCCGUCUACGACGACGAUUCCAAAUCCCUGAUUCUCAUGAUUGGUUGGCUUCCAACCGUGAUUUCUUUCGUUUUCCUACGAACAAUUCGUAUCAUGAAAGUUGUUCGGAAUGAAAAAGAGCUCAAAGUGUUCUACAGAUUUCUUUACAUGUCACUUGGGCUUGCCGGGUUUCUUAUGGUCCUAAUCAUACUCCAAAAGAAGUAUCAUUUUUCACAGGGUGAGUAUGGAAUCAGUGCAGCCGCCAUGGUUGGAUUGCUCUUCUUACCUCUUUCAAUUGUUAUUCGAGAAGAGCUUUUAAGCUGGAGAACAAACAAGAAGCGAGCUUUGGGAAGUGUUCCCAAAUUGGAAGUGGUAACUGAAACAUCCGAUUCUGCGGCUAAGAAUACAACCAAUCCAGCAAAAACAGAACCGGUCUCAACGUCGGAAUCAGAUGCAAAAACCACCGAAGAAGCCAAAGAAGCUUCUUGCUGGACAACAGUUUUCCAGCCACCAAGCAGGGGAGAAGAUUUCACAAUACUCCAGGCACUAUUCAGUCUGGAUAUGUUAAUCCUAUUCUUUGCAACAAUUUGCGGGGUUGGUGGAACUUUGACGGCGAUUGACAAUCUGGGUCAAAUCGGAAAAUCAUUAGGCUACCCAAAAAGAACCACCAGCACGUUUGUCUCCCUGGUGAGUAUCUGGAAUUACCUAGGAAGAGUCGUCUCAGGUUUUGUUUCAGAGCAUCUCUUGCAAAAGUACAAAUUUCCUCGUACCCUUGUUCUCACUUUAACAUUAGUCCUGUCUUGCGUUGGUCACCUCCUCAUAGCUUUUGGUGUACCCAAUGGAUUGUAUUUUGCAUCAGUGAUUAUAGGUUUUUGCUUUGGUGCCCAAUGGCCGUUGAUCUUUGCCAUAGUAUCUGAGCUUUUUGGCCUGAAAUAUUACUCCACUCUGUACAAUUUCGGUUCUUCGGCGAGUCCGGUGGGAGCAUAUCUCCUGAAUGUUAGAGUUGCAGGGUAUUUGUACGAUAAGGAAGCAAAAAAGCAGCUCAAAGCUUUAGGAUUGGUGAGGAAGGCAGGGGAGGAUUUGGAUUGUAAGGGAGUUGAAUGCUUCAGGUUGGCCUUCCUCAUAAUUACCGCAGUGACAAUUUUUGGAGCUGUUAUUUCUUUAAUUUUGGUAAUGAGGACAAGGAAGUUUUACAAGAGUGAUAUUUACAAGAAAUUCAGGGAGGAAGCUAUGGCGGCAGAGCAGGAAAUGGCGUUGGCCGCGGUGGCCAAAGAUGCUAUUGGUGGUCCGAAAACUGGUACUAAGGAAUGA